UGAAUUUGAAAACUGGCGGUUGAAUACUGAAUCUUUUACGGAAGAGGAGAAGCAGUGUAAAGAGCAUCAACAUGACUGCUGAUUCUGAACUGGAGAUCCGUGAAACUUUCCAGCGUGCUCAGAAAGCGCACAACAACAAGGCCAAGCUGGUGGCCAGUCUGAAGAACAUGUAUGUUCAGUUACAGGAUAAGGCAGCAUUCCACGAGGAGUUUCUGCGCUGCCUAAAAUAUGCGUUGAUUGUGUACACCAGAGAGCCGGCGGUGGAAAGCGUCAUCGACUUUGUGGUCAAGUUUGCCGUCAGCUUCGAGACACCCAUGAACGAGGUGGAGGAUGAGGAGGAGGAAGAGGAGGAGGAUACAUUUCUGAACUUCCUGUUCAACUUUCUGUUGGAGUGUCAUGGAGUGAGCAGCCAUGCGGUUCGGUUCCGGGUGUGUCAGCUGGUGAACAAGCUGCUGGGCAGUCUGAGUGAGAACGCGCAGAUUGAUGACGAGCUAUGUGAACAGAUCCACAAGGCCAUGCUGAUCCGUGUCACAGAUAAAUACCCCAAUGUUAGGAUCCAGGCCGUGCUUGCCAUGGCCCGCCUGCAGGACCCAGAGAGCCCUGAUUGUCCCACGGUCAACGCAUACAUGCUGCUUUUGGAGAACGACUCAAAUCCUGAGGUCCGGAGAGCCGUCCUGUCCUGCAUCGCACCCUCUGCCCUCACGCUCCCUAAAAUCUACAGACGUACUCGUGAUGUUAAAGAGAAAGUCCGCAAACUGGCCUAUCAGGUGCUCGCUGAGAAAGUGCAUAUCCGAGCUUUGACCAUCGCUCAGAGAGUCAGCCUGCUGCAGCAAGGACUCAACGACACUGCGGCCUCGGUGAAGGAGGUGGUGAAGCAGACACUCCUUCCCUCUUGGCUUCGCCUCCUUCAGGGAGACGUGCUGCAGUUACUACACAGACUGGACGUCGAGAACUGUGCUGACACGGCAGUGUCUGCCCUGCAUGCCCAUUUCUCUAUGGCAACAACCCUCGGUGACCUACUGAAUGUAGCUAAACUGGAUGACAGAAAGCUGAUCCCGUUAGAUGCCCUGACAUGUGAGAACGUGCUGUAUUGGCGUGCGUUCUGUGAGUUUGUGAAGAGUAAAGGAGAUGAGGGGGAGGAGUUUCUGGACAAACUCUUACCUGAACCUGCUCUAUUUGCCGAGUAUCUGUACAGUUAUAUGAAGACCCUUCCAGCCAUGUGUGAAGAUGACAGAGCUGAUUUGAGUCAGCUGGAGUCCGUGAUGGUGAAGGAGUUCAUCACGCAGCAGCUCAUCCAGCUAGUGGACUGCUUAGACACUGCAGAGGAGGGAGGAAGAAAACGUGUGCUUGCAGUCCUGAAGGAGAUGCUGGUGCUGCCGAACACACCCCUCUCUCUGAUCAGUCAGCUGGUACAGAGACUCAUGAGAAUUAUCCACGACGAUCAGCAGCGCAUCACAACGGUAGCUGAGAUCAUCUCUGACGUGAGGGAGCCGAUUGUGCCCGUCACACAAACUGAGGAUGAGAACGAGAAACGCAAAAGACAAGUUAAACUGGCAGAGGUGAAGGUGUGUAUAAUGGAGUGGAAGCAACAGCUGGAAGAAUGCAUCAGUGCUCAGGACUUCAGUCGCGCUGCUGAGUUGAAGAACUCCAUUACUGAGCUGGAGGAGCUGAAGAACCAGUUGACACAGGAGAACACACAUGCUGAACCUGCAAAAGAGCAGGACGCAGAGAAGUUCUUGGUUUCAGGUUUAGAACUCUCCAAUAUUUCAUCUCGAUUUACCAAGAAUGAUCCGGAGAUGUUGCUGAAGUGUCUGAUGAUGUGUGCCGAAGCGCUGAAACAGAUGAACAUCAACCGAGGAAUCUGUCCGACUAUCAACGGCCUCCUAGAGUCACUGGUGUUGCCAUGUGUAUCAAACUCUAAUGCUGCAGUGAGGAACAUGGCUGUUGUGUGUUUGGGCACUGCAGCUCUCCAUAGCAAAGACCUCGCCAAGACACACCUGGUGCUCCUGCUGCAGAUCACCCAGCUGGACGAGCCUAAGAUCAGGAUCACUGCUCUCAGAGCUGUGGUCGAUCAGCUGCUCUUGAAUGGCCUAGACCUCCUGCGCGAUAGCCCUGCCUCCCAGCAAACGCAAACCUCCAAUUGGCUGGAUGGCAGUGAUGGACAAGCAGAUCGUCCAGUCGAAGAGGAGGAUAAUCCUGUCCAGAGUAUUCUGAAGCUGCUGGCUGAAUUCUUGGACAGUGAGAUCUGUGAUCUGCGCACGGAGACGGUGGAGUGUGUGUGUAAGCUGCUGUACUGUGGCAGGAUGGUGAGCGUGAAGCUGCUCACUCGUCUCAUUCUGCUCUGGUACAACCCACUGACUGAAGAGGACCAGAGAUUGAGACACUGUAUCGGGGUGUUCCUGCAGCUCUACACACACUCGCACAGGGCUCAUCAGGAAUGCGUAGAGGAGAGCUUCAUUCCCACCAUGCGGACAUUAUUCAAUGCUCCUGCCACGUCUCCGCUCUCCGAGAUUGACACCAACAAUGUUGCAGAGCUCUUCGUAGAGCUCACACGUGCCAACACGCAAACUCAGGGAACGAGUGUGCAUGAGUCUCUGGCUGUGCGAGUGUGUAAUGAGAUUCUGCGAGACACCUCCGCUCCUGAGGUGCGUCUGUAUUGUAAAACCCUAGGCAGUCUGGAGAUCAGCGCUGAUCCGGGACCUGCUAAUAACGAACUGCAGCAGCUCCUCACCUCCAUUCUGCAGGAGGUGAAGGACAAACACUGCAUGAAAGCCUUAGAGAAAGUGCUUGCUCGUCUUAAAGGAGAGCAGUUUGUUCGAGUUGUACACACUCAGGACGCAGUGCUGAACUCUCUGGAUGAAAACGCCAGCGAACUUGCAAACGGAGAUGCUGGCAAAUCUAAACAACCCAGAAGAGGUCAGAAGAAAGCUACGACAGCCCGGAGUGUAAAAAAACAGUCUAAAGCAAAGGAGUGUUCUGAUGAAAGCGAUGAGGAGAAUGUUCCAGAAGCUACAGAGGCUCCAUCGGCACGUCCAAGUCGGCGCGCUAAAACGGCAGCUCUGGAUAAAACCAGGCAGGACCUGACGGCGCUGAUGAAUCGCGAAGCCAGUGUGUAGGUCAGGAUUAUCUAAACAUCUCCAAGCGCACCCAUUCUCGCCGUGUGUUGUGUUCAGGAGAUGAUUUCUACGAUCAGUAUUUAUUCAGUGUCGAACCACCAACAAGUGGUGUUUUAACACCUACAUUCAUCAACAUGUAUAUCUGUUUAACAUUAAGAUCCACAUGAAUAACUCCUUCAUGAGUGAUUCUACUUCCAUAUGUGGCAUUAUGAGUCAUGAAUAUUAAUGUCAUUAACAUAUCAUAAUUCAUUAUGGUGAAAUUGAUACGACAAAACCUACUAAUAAAGCUUAUUUUCUGUGCCAUUGAGGCGCCCCCCCCCCCUCCAAAAAAAAAAAACCUUCAUUGCUGCACAGUGUUUACUCUUUUCUAUUAUUAAUCAUCACUGCAGUGUGUAACAUCUCCUCUGUUCUCCACAUUCAAGAUUUGACCUUUACACAGAGACAGGGCACUGUUGAACUUCUCGUUAUAAUAUCCGCAAAACUCACCUGACUUGCAAACCUGAGCAAGUUACUCUUUUAAUGUUUUUUAUUCUCAAGUGUUUAUUUUUAAACCACAAUAAAUAAUUUUCUCUGUCA